GAUGGAAUCUAUGGAGAAUGAAAUGGAGCGACUAAAAACUGAGAACAAAGAACAAGCAGAAGAACUGACGAUUUUGAAUAAAACGUUGGUUGGCACAAAUAUCAAACUGGAUGAACUAAUGAAGCAGAAUCAAGCUCCUAAAGUGGCUUUCUCGGCUUCUCUGUUGAGCUCUUUUGGACCACGAAGCGUUGGACCCUUUCAUAAUGGUCUACACACCCUGAUUUAUGAAUAUGUCUUCCUUAAUAUUGGAGACGCCUAUGAUACAAACACAGGAAUCUUUACAGCACCUGUGAGGGGAGCGUAUGCUUUCAGGGUCUUCUCCAAGGCCUUUGGAAGUCCAGAGAGCGCCGUUACUGCAGGCCUGUUUAAAAAUGACCAGCACAUAAUUUCUACACAUGGACACCAAGCAAGCGGUUUUAUCAGCUCU